UGACAUUGUCCCAGGCAAUUGCAAAUGCCUUCCUCAUUCCAGCACACUCGUAUCCAAAAUAUCUUGAGUAUAUGCUGUGUGAAGGUUGUGCAGUCCAACAGUGUCAUUAACACACCACAGGAGGUGCUCUCUGGUGGACAAUGCUUCUGCUUUGGAGAAGAGACUUCUGCCAGUCUCAAUCCGCAGAUAAAUUUCUGCUAAUGGCCACGUUGGAGGUCUUUCUGCUUUUGAGCUUGGUGUGGAGAACAGACUCCCUUUGCUCACCCACUACUUUUUUCAAAAACUGUUGGAUCCGACGAUUCCCAGGCCUUACCAUUGAUCUGGAACAUUCGCAGAGGCGAGGAGCCCACGUCCUCAAGUUAUACACAGAACUGACAGCACAACAGUGCAGUCGGACAUGUUGCCUCCUGAAAAAUGUUUCCUGUAACUUGGCAGUUUUCUACUAUGAAACCAACCACUGGAACCUUAACUGCUUGCAUGUUUAUUGUCCAGCAUUGGAGAGCUGUAUACUGAAGCCUAAAAUCAACGUUGUGUUAUACAACAUCACAGCAGGGGUGGAUCCAGAUGUCCUUGUUUUUCAGAAGCUCUCUUUUAAAGAUAUGAAUACCAGGUCCUCUUUUAAUAAAGGGGAAAGGCAUGGAAGCGCAAGAUUCGCUGAUUCAGAAAAAUGCCAGAAUGCAACCACAAACUCAAGGUACCUUCCCCAUGAGAUCUCAUCUUUCAAAGUCAUGCAACAGCUGGCUACAAACAGCACCAAGACAAAUCCUGCAGAUCAGUCCACCCAACAGACUACAUCCACUACAAAUUCAGGACCUACAACUGCAUUACUGAAAGGCCAUUUUACAGACAUUAUUUCAGAAAAUAACCAUUCAACAGCCAUCUUUGACAAUGCAACCUUUCCUACUUCCUUAUUCACCUUUGUCAAGAGAUUGUCACAUAUACCCAGCCCAGCCCAUAUGAAUAACAGCAAACACCUGAAUGAAACCAAAGGUUAUAGUGGAAGGAACAACACCUCUGAUGACCAAGGCCAGACACCAGCUUGGAAAGGGAAGGAAAGGUGGAGCUGGUUGUUUCCAGUGGGGUUUUGUUCUUCGUUGACCUUCAUUUGCUGUUGCACUAUUUUCCUUGCAAGAGGAUGCCAGAGAAAGAGGAAGGGCUGCUAUAGACCAAGGCGGAGAGGAGUGUCAGCAUCCAGGCAAAAGUAGUUUUUAAGAGCAAACAUUCCAAAAAGAAGAAACAGCUGAACAACUUGCAUUUCAAAUGGGCAGAUGGAGUGGAGUGACAGAUGGGGAAGAAAUGAAAAUGUAGUUUUGUAUAUGUAGAAAAAAUAAGCAAUUUUGGGAUUAGUUGCAGAUAUUGGAAUGCCAUUAAACUAGACCAGAAUAUCUAAUAUUUUAGCUUAUGUGCUUUGUUUUGAUAGGGAUUAUGAUCACCAUGGGAUUUCACAUUAUGUGGGAUCUUAAGAUUCGUGUCGACAUUACAACAAAAUUUAGCAUGAGUAGUUCCAUUAAGGGGCCAUGCAAAAAAAUGUAUCUACACUUAGGACAUGUUCAAAUACAAUUUCCACUUUCAGUACCCCACCCCCUGCAGUUUUUAAAAGAAACUUAUGAGAAAUUCUUAUCCUGUUACACCUGUCAAGACAUUGAGGUUGUAAGAAACCAAAAACCAUUUAGUAAAUUCAUUGCUGUGGCAGAGCCAGAAUCAAAGACUUCUUGACUCAACCAUGAGGCACAAGAUUACAACCAGAAAGGGCCCACCAAAAUAUGUAGCAACAUCGGCACAAGAUUAUAAAACGUCAACUAUCUGUGCAUGGCAUUCACGGCAGGUGAUACGAUAAAAGCCACAUUGCAACUGUCACUUCACUCUUGUAGUUCAAGGAGCAAUGUGCUCCCCUGUUUCAUUUCUGCUUCGCUGUCUGCUUUAUAGCUUACUUCCAGUGGAUAAGCUUGCCCAAUAUUUGCAUGCAGCUGGCUCCUUCCUCCCCUUUAUUUCUAUGCAGCGUUAGCAAGAUAUUAAAUCCUCCCACAAGCACCUGAAUAACAAGGUGGAAUAGCAUAUUAAUUCAAGGCCAAACCUCUCAUUCAAAUGUUCAGAAUAGGAUUAAACUGAGUACAUAAGGAAUAAAAGCAUGACAGUCCUGCCUCUCUAUUA